AUGGCGUCGAACUGUUCUACCUGUUCCUUGGAGGACCUGCUCGACUCGACGUCCUAUACCCUGGCAUACGCGCUUCCCCUCCUCCUCAUCUCCUUCGUGCUCACUUUCGCGGGAACAUUCCUCGCGCUUGACCGCACGAGGGUCUUCGCGCCGCGUCGCAAUGCCGUCAAACCGUUGCCGCACAGUGCGUCCGAGCUGAAGCGUAUUGAGAGCUCGAUUCGUUGGUUAUCUAUGUUUGAGGGGGGCGCCGGUGGGGUUGCAGCCGGAUAUGUCUUUGCAGUUCACCUGGUCACAUUCAUGUCGUCGCUGAUACCCAGCGUGACCACAUCUGCGACUCUCUCGCCGAAGGCCUUCCUCGCGACAUGGCUGCUUUCUGCAUUGUGCUGCAUGUUCCUCGGCGGUCGAUGGAAGUACCUCGCGCUCGCCUUUGCAGGUAUCGCUGGAUAUUCUACGUUUGGUGUCGCUUGCGCCGUCAUGAUACACCCUUCGCUGAUGGCACGAAUCGUAUUGGUAUCGAUCUUCACUCCCAUUGGCCUCAUCCUCUGCCUGCUGCCAUUGGCCAAGUACCAACACGCUUUCCUGCGCUUUGCUACCUCAUCUGUCGGUGCCUUCGGAGUCGUCCUGUCCGUUGCAAUCCUAGCCAACAUCCCUGUGUGGAGGGAGGUAUGGGCCCGACUCUGGAUUGAUAAUGCCAACGGGUGGGGUAGCAGCGUGGAAAAGGGAUUGAGUACGGUCUACUGUGUACUCUUAUUGUGCGGUUCUGCCUGCGAUUGGUUCCUUCAUCGGAAGCUCGGUGAGAAUCCGGACGAGAAAUGGGACGGUUUUCUCGCGGACUACGUCGCUGCUCUCCCUAACGAGGCGGAUAGGGCAGGCACGUACAAGCCCCUCUCCUCUUUCUGGUCACGACUCUUCGGACAUCACAACGUCAAUGACGCCCCAGCUGAAGUCAUCUUCCCCACCGACGCUGAUCUCAAGCGAUCCAUCCCAUCCCCAUACAAGCUUCAGAAGCAGCGUUCGCUCAUUCCUGUCACCGAGCCGACGGAGCCACAGUUCCACCGCGAGCCCACGUUCCUUCGGAAGCACCGCAAGAAAGGAGUGCGUGGGUUCCGGCGCACUCGGGAGGCGGUCAAGUUCAGCCCGCUCAAUGUGGACGACCUAUCCUCGAGUAGCGACGACGACGACGAUUCCGACCUUGACGACCUCAAGCCUCCAGUCAAGUCGUGGGCUGUCGAGCAUAGGCCAUCCCUCAGUAGGAAUAGUUCCGUCACGCUAGCGAACGACGGAGACCAAGGUGUCAAGAACGAGGGGCUACAUCCCCCGAAGGCAAAUGCCGAGCCCGACUACUCCGACUUCGAGGAGGACGUUGCUGCGGGCGCGUUGCGUCGAUCCACUGGACCCGAAGGAGAACCGUGGACGCCUGCAUUCAUACGGCGACACUCGCUCAAGGGCGAGUCAGGAACUCCCAGCAUUUCGUCGAAGCCAUCAUCCUCUCAGCGGACUGCUGUUGAGCGGACCUCGUCCCCUAUCACCGCGCCUGGAUCACCGUUCACACCAGUCCCGGCCACCCCAUCGCUCAUUCGCGCUAUCGAGCGUGUACAGGCAGCGUACAUACCACCCGAAUCAUCGCCGCCACUUCCUGCUAGUGCAAACGGGCACGAGGAACAUCCGAAGGGCCCGAAGUGGAAUACUUUCUGGCAGGAAGUCAAGUCGAAAGCUGGGCACGAGCUCGCACAUCAUUCACACCCGCCAGGUGGUCAGCGUUGA